AUUUAAAUCACACCACCAUAUCUACUUCUCUAAGUAAACUUUGCCACACCUCUUUUCUAAGUUGAUCCAAACACCCUUUGCGACACAUGUUUACCAUUCUAUCCUGCUUAGUCACCUCUUCACAUUCCUCCUUUUCACCACAUGUCAUAUUACCUCUCUUCAUGUUCAUCUUCUUAAACCGACCAACCAUAUAUCAACCGAACUAUGCUAUUAAUUUAUUUAUAUUAUAGUUCUAAAUCUCUUCUAUGUAUAUGUACAUUUGAAGACCCUUUUGUUUAUGUGAUUUCUAUAGCAAAGUUCAAUACUCAACUUAAAAGACAGUCCAUAUUAUAUUAGAAGUGCAAAAGAAGUAAUACUGAAAAAAAACUAUGGCUUCACAACAGCAGCAGAGAAGAGACAACACAACACAAGAGAGAAAGUUGCAAGUUGAGCAAAACCUUGUGCUUAAACGAGCUACUCAGUUUGAAGAGCUAGCUCAUAAGGCUACCGACUCCGCGGUAGCAGCUGCGGCGACUGUCGAAGCCGAAAGGAGGAGUGCUGGUAAGGGAGGGAGUACUACUGUGGUCAUUGGUGUUGGCCAUGCCGGUGGCGGUGCCGGUGGAGGUGGGGGUCAUACUCAGCAGCAGCAACACAUGAGGGAGAGUGGGACCACUCACAUUGGUAUGGGCCAGGCUCAAAAAGGAGGCGGUGGAGGUGGGCUUACACCGUCUCGUCAGCAGCAAAUGAGAGACAUUGAGAGCACCGAGUUUGAGUCGCUUACUAAUAGAGUUGGUGGACUUGAGUUUGGAAGUGGAGUUCAGCAGCAGAGAGGAACAUCCAAUCAGGAGCAAUCGCGCAGGGAUACGAGUCAUGGUGUGUCAAAGCAGGAGGUGGGAAGGGAUACGAGCCAUGGUGAAGUUGCAGGAAGGGAUACGAGCCAUGGUGUAUCGAAGCAGGCGGUGGGAAGGGACACGAGCCAUGGUGUAGCUGCAGGAAGGGACACGAGCCAUGGUGUGGGAUGGCAGGCGGGGGGAAUGGACACGAGCCAUGGUGGAGCGGCAAAAGGACCGACUUCGGUGGGGAAGUUUGAGAUGAAAGAAGAAAUGGGAAGUGGAACACAAGAGAAGGGUAUGGAGAGGGGAAGAGGAGAAGGAGGGCAGGAAAAAGCUGUAACGGGAAGACGGUAUGAUGAACAACUAAAGCGCGAGACACCGUCUUUGGAAGAGAUUUCCAAAUAUAGGCAGACUGCUCAACAGAACUCUCUGGAUGCUGUUCAAGCUGCUCAAGAAAGGUAUGGCAAAGCAAAGGAAGAUGCAGCAAAUGCAGCUUGGGAAGCCAAAGAAGCAGCAAAACAUGGAUUAGGGGCAGCAGCGACAAAGACAGCUGAAUUGGGAUCCAAGGCUCAAGAAAAAGCCCGUGCAGGAGCUGGGGUAACAACCCAAUAUGUAUCAGAGACCGCUCGUCCAGUGGUUCAGACAGCUGCACAGAAAGCCAAACAAGCUAAAGAUGCAGCCAUAGUUGCAGGCCAAAAGUCCAUGGAAUACACUGGGGAAAAGGCAGCACUCGCUAAAGAUGCAGCCAUGACUGCAGGCCAAAAGUCCAUGGAAUACACUGGGGAAAAGGUGGUUCAGGCCAAAGAUACUACAGUUGGCACCACUAAAACUGUUGCAGGUUACGUGGGAGAGAAGGCGGUGGCUGCCAAGGAUGUUGCAUUGCAAACUGGUAAAACUGCAGCUGGCUAUGCAGGGAAGGUAGCCGAAGAGGUGAAGGAUCAGGCUGUAGUUGCUAGGUGGGGAGCUGCACAUUACACUACGGAGGCUGCAGUAGAGGCUACGAAGAUGGCAGGUGGGGUGGUGUGGAAGGCAAAAGACGCGGUAGCAAGUGCUGCGCAUAAGGCGACUGAAUUGGCUGAGAAGCCAGUAGUUAUGGCAAAAGAUAUGGCUGUAGGCACUGGUGAAAAACUCGCUGACUAUACUGCUAGGAAGAAGACUGAGGCCGAAAUAUACAAAGAAGAGAAGCACACAUACUAUGAUGCGGGAGAGAAUCAACCUUCCUCUGGUGAAGGAGUUACCGGUAUGAUCCAGAAAGGCACAGAGAAAGUGAAGGACAUGGGAAGAGGAGUGAUGGGAUCUACACCUGGUGGUGAAGGCACCGAAAUGUACCAGGAUAUUGAGGGAGUUACCAGAGGUGGAGGAGGUACCGGAGGUGGAGGAGUUACUGGUAUGAUCCAAAAAGGCACGGAGAAGGUGAAGGGCAUAGGAAGAGGAGUGAUGGGAUCUUCACCUGGUAGCGGAGUCACAGAAAUGUUUCAGGAAGCCAAGCAGACGGUCAAGGACGGAGCAUCUAAAGUGGGAGAAGGAGGCGAGAUAGUCACAGAGAAAGGCGAAGGCGUGCUCGGUGCAAUAGGCGAAACUAUAGUUGAGAUUGCACAGCACACUACAAAUCUUGUUGCUGGAGCAGGGCCAGCAACAGGGCAGCAAACUGAAGUCAAAGAGAAGAAGCUGGAGCAUCAAGAUAGAAAGAAAUACUGAAUAAGUUAGUAGUAAUCGAUAAUGCAAGUCUUUUGUAAGAAGUCUGGUUUCGGUAUUUUUGGGUAGUUACUUUUGCAUCAGGUAACCAGGAUAAUGUGUGAAGUUUAUUUAGUGUUUCCUAGGAGUAUCGUGAAUAAACUAUAUGGUAAAUGGAAUUAUGGAAUGCAAGUUUAUGAUGUUAGAUAAAA